AUGGCAUUGCUCUACUCCUCCACCAGCCUUCUCCUCCUCCUCCUUCUUGUUGUGCCCCUGUCCCAGGCUGCAAACCAGUCCCCGCUGCCCGCCAGCCCCCUGCCCGCCGUCCCCACCCUGCCCCUCCUGCAGGCCCUGCAAACGCGGGCACCUGGCAGCCCGGGCUGGCGAGCGGGGCCAGCCAGCGGGCAGCCCCUGCGCUACAUGCUGAACCUGUACCGCCGUGCCGCCGACCGCGAGGGCCGCCCCCGCCGCGGCCGCAGCCUGGGCACCAACACCGUUCGCCUGGUCCAGGCCAGUUCCCACGGGGAUCAGCCCUGGGCAGGCCGCUGGUAUGUGCAGCCCCUCACCUACCGCCUGGAGAGCCAGCCUGAGGCUGAGCACCUGCUCAGAGCCUCUGUGGUCUAUCUGCCCAGCCUGUCACUGGCCCAUGGUCGCCUUCUCUGCGCUCUGGAGCUGGUGACAACCGGCGAGGCACCUGGGGUGCUGCUCAGCCCUGCCGCCCGUCCCCGCCAUGGCUGGGCUGAAGUUGACGUCACCCCUUACCUGGUCCUGGGGAACAGCAGCACGGGGAGCCUGGCACUGCGGCAUGUCUGUGUGCAUGCUGGCCGAGCAGGAGGCCACGAUGCCCCGGUGGCCCCCAGUCGCCCUUUCCUCCUGCUCUACCUUAAUGACACCCAGGCAGGGUUGGCACCUCCGGCAGCAGAGCCCCACCGGCACCGGCGUGACACAGGGACGUUGGCUCAGGACCUGCCCAACUACCUGCGAGAGCAGGGAGGGGAUAAGAAUGACUGUUCCCUGCGCCCCUUCUCUGUCAGCUUUGCACAGCUGGGAUGGGACCACUGGAUCAUCGCUCCCCACCGCUACAACCCCCGCUACUGCAAGGGUGCCUGUCCCCACCUGCUCCGCUACGACUACCACGCGCCCAACCACGCCGUGGUGCAGAGCUUUGUUCAUCAGCUGGUGGACGCCAGCGUGCCCCGGCCCUCCUGUGUGCCCUACCGCUACAGCCCCAUCAGUGUCCUCAUGAUUGAGCGCAACGGAGGCAUCCUCUACAAGGAGUAUGAGAACAUGAUCGCAGAGUCCUGCACCUGCCGGUAA